AUGAGGCAAGGGAAAUCGCAUCGAUCGAACUUAGCCGACAGGCAAGAAGAAGCGACGGAUCGAAGAUCUCCACAGGAUCAAGCACAAGCACAAGCACAAGCACAAGCACAAGCACAAGCACAAGCACAAGCACAAGCACAAGCACAAGCACAAGCACAACGGGAUCGCAAUCAACCAAUGCAACAGCAGGGACAACAGGAAGAUCAAUUGAACCCUCCAGCACAGCGACAGCCACAACGUGGACCACGACACGAAGAGCAGCUGCAACAGCAACAGCAACAACAACAACAACAACAACAACAACAACAGCAACAUAAUUUAGAAAGUGACACAAACGUGGCUCGAAUGCCACCUCGCCAACAACGAGAACAGAGCAAUUCUUCCACUAGACGCAGCCGAAAGAGACGAUCCUCUAGCAACAGCCACGGUCAGCGUCGCCGUAGUCAACACUCAAAUUCGAAACGGUCUGAGGUCCCCUUUGGAGGAAGUCGACGCCGCAGUGACCCAACGGCAGGAGACCAAGAAGAUAAUCUAGUGGAACAAUACCGCGCAAUUUUGGACGGAGACAAAGUGGAUGCCGAAGAACGCAAUAAGGCUCAAAAUGUCUUUGUCGCGGCUGCUGGAAAUUUGUCAAUGGCAGCUCAACUGUACUGGGAUGAUUAUUUUGCAACAGCCGCCGCAGCAUCCGCUGCGGCCGCUGCCAAUGCUCUCCCACAACCUCCACUGAGAAACGAUGCUAGCAACAUGGACCACGAUUCCAGCAGUAGUGAUGACGAUGACGAUGACGACUUCAGUCGGGAUGGGUCCGCAAGACGCCAUCCUCAUCGCAAGAUCCGACGCAGCCUUGAUGGUGCGUUUCGUGCUGCCAAUCGUGACGACGCGAGCAGUAGCAACAACAGCAACAGUGGCGGGGACAACAGCAAUGAUGCUCCUGGAGAAGUAGUUCCUCGUCCUCCUUUGAGACAUGCGGCGGAUGACAACAAUGACGAUCAAGAGCUAAUGCAAGAAGACCGUCUGGAGAAUAACAAUGACAACAACGUCGCCGAGAGUGUCUCUGUCAGCGACGAUGAAACUGGUGGCAACCAAGGCGUUUGGAGAUUUGCAGGAAAUCGUCAAGAUUCAUCUCGGCGAAGACGCGGCACCCGCGACAUGGAAAGACGCAUCCGUGAAGCAGCUGCAGCAGUGGCGAAAAAAGUAUCACCAAAGAUAGAGUCUCCUCCACAACGACGAAGAAAACUCCACGACACAAGCAAGGAUAAACCGAAGUUUAUAAUCCCCGACAGUGACUGGCUCCAGGACCUUGAGCAAGAUGGUGCAGCGAUCCGCGAUCCUCUUUUAAUCUUGUGGGGUAAAGGCACACCAGGGACAAAGAACAGCGAAAACGAAGAAGAGAACGAAGAAGAAGGACGAGGCCCUCAAGAAGACGAGGUAGUACAACCUGCUGAGAACAAUAUCGAAGGUGAUGAUGCUGAUCCUCCUCCUGGCGAAGGGAACGUAGUGGUUGAUGAGGUGAUGGACGAGGACCAACCAGAACCACAAGGACGAGUUUCAGAACCAAAUGGGCGAACCAAGAGUACCCUCACUGGAAUUCCACACACAUGGUUGAACGCCUCCUUUUCACUUUCUGACUGUGGCAUGGGAAUCGCAUUGAAGCCUCCAAAGACUGAGGAUAUCGAGUUCUUUACUUGGAGGCAGCAACAGAAUCAAGGCCGUCACCAAAGUGGCGUCGUUCCACCACCGUAUCACUGCAAGUCUAUGACUGUUAUAUUCUCCAUCAUACAGGCAAUGCUGCUAACUGGGGCAUCUAUCCAGGGAGACACAGUCAAUUGUACAAAGGCACAGACACCGUGGAGCGAACUUGAUAAGACUCAGCGUGAAGUGCAAUUCGAUUCCAGACUGAAAGAUGCAUUGGCUGCAUUGAUCUUUGUUGCUGCCAAAGCAUCCCUUCAACGGAAGAAGCAGGCUGUUGCUAGAACAGAGGACGAGGCUCGAGAUCGAGAACAAGAAGAAGGUGUAGAAGUUGUGAACGAGGCUGAGAAAUUGCAGAAAAAGAAAAGGAUCCAAUACAUGAAACGAAGACUUCGUUUGAUAACAACGUGUACUUGGGAAGAUGAUCCAACCGCUGGAAUGCCACAAGCACCAGAUGGACCGAGCCACCGCAACGUUCAAGUAGCGACCUCUUUGACCAACAUCCAAGAUAUUGAGCUCUAUGUAUCCAGCAAUCUUCGCGACUUUAAGGCUCCUGGAGGUGUUGCCCUCCUUUUGGAAACCAUUUCCAGAAUUCAUGGUACCGGUGUUCUCGAACACAUGAUGAAGGUCAGCACUUCUGAGGGCAUGUCCAAAGGAAUGUAUACAACUGAAAGCUUGAUUUCUUGUACAUGCGAACAGCGUCAAAAAAAGCAGUUGGAAGAAAACCCAAUUCCUAACAUUUCCCGCAUUGAUUCCACAAAGUUGAUGGACACCACGCCACCAGGUCACGAAUGUACAUCCCACCAGCUGACAAGUCUGCUUCUCACUGGAAAGAUUGAAUCUUCGUGGAAGGGGUGGUCGAACGCUGGCCUUGGCUUUGGUUUGUUGUCCGCCAACCAUGGACAAAUUGGAUUAGGGCUCACUCGACCAGAACAAGCAGUUUGGAUGCUCCAAGGAGAGACUGGUUACACAACAUUACAUGUUACAGAUUGCAAGGGUGCUGAACCAAGGACGGUUUCCAAACUGGACACUGCCGGAGCUGUAUUGGAGUUCAGCCAUUGGAACUCUUGGUACGGACAGAGGAAAGAGUCUGGUUUAAAGCUCACCACAACAGGUGCCAAAUGGAACUUUCGAGCAAAGCAGAUACAAAAGCAAGACAGUGUGCAGCAUCGUGGAGCAUCUGGACCUAGUUGGACUUUGAGGCUACUUAGAGAACAACGAGAUCUUGAGCAAAGUACUUCUGCGAAAGCCAGGCAACAGGAAUCGUAUCUUGAAGCCAAUGAAUCAGAAAUCAGCAUCAAGCCAGAAGAAGUGAAGGCUGCUAAGGUGCACUCUGAUGAUGAGCGCCAUUACCCAGGAAAUCACAAAAUGUGGCGUUUCGACAUGGGUGAUGUCGAAAAGGAAAAUUCGUCCCAUGGAGAAGACCAAAAACUACCUGGAAACAAUUGGAUCCCGUACUAUCGUCUGACUCCGAAGCAAAAAUACAUUGCAGACUUGAAGCUAGGCCCGAAAAUCCGAGGGAUUCUAUGGACACGUUGGCCAAAUGCAACAAUCAAUGGGUUCACCCCAAGUAAUGGCGAGCCACCAGUUGUCUAA